GAUACCUUCUAUCUCUCCUCAUGCUUCCACUUCACUAUUAUGUCAAGAAGAUUGUUGAUCAGACAUUUUCCCAUCACCUACCACUGAUAACUCUCUCUCACUCGCUCUCUCUCUUGAAUGUAGAACCAUUUAUUUAUACAUCCGGAUUCAUAUUAACAUUCCUUAGCUGAAUCCACCAUAAUUGUCUAUUCGUUGCUUGCAAAUUAAUUAUGGGCACCAUUUAGCAUUCUAUGUACCUACCUCAACUCUUGUAAAUGUUGUCUCUUUUCAUCUGGGCUGCUGCCUUCUGAGAUCAGAGGUGUUCAAAACCACUCACAUUUUGUGAUGCAGUGUAGAAUUGGAAUGAGAUUCUUCAAUAUUUCCAAUUUCGAGUUGUUUUUUAGUAAAGAUUUAAUUUUUGGCUGUUCUUGAAACGUGGGAUUUCUAAGAGCUGCUGGUUCAAGAUCUUUUGGGAGGGGAUCUGCUAUUAUCUGAAUUCGGAUGAAGUUAUCAAGAACUGCCCUUUGAGAAUAAGUUUUGUGUUCUUCUAUUACUAGAUAGGUUGUUUCUUGAUCCUCAUUCCUCAGUGAUGGCUUCUGAUCUCAAUGCUGAACUCUUGAAAAGUGCCGGCGUUUUUCAUCUCAAGAUCUGGGAAGUUAUUGGAAUAAUAGUUGGGCUAUUUAUUGUGAUCAUUCUCUUUCUGUUGACAUUUUAUCUAAGUUCGCAAAAGAAACUGAGAAGGGAUCAAGAAAAGUAUCCAACUAGCCAAAUACCUAUUGUUUCAAAGGAAAUAAAAGAGAUCCGGAUGGAGCAAGUCUCGACUGAGGGAUUUGCUCCACAAGACGGGGUUCAUCUCAAUGUUCAUGACAGGUCAAGUGAUAGAGAAUCAGACAAUGUGUUGGUCCAUCCGGGGAUACCUAAAUUUAAAAAUGGAGAUAACAGCAGCCUGUUGGGCUCGUUCCACCACAUCGACAGAGAUUAUUGUGGAUCACAAUCAGGAGAUGAAUGGAGUUCAGGAGCAUUUGGUGGAUAUAGACCUUCUUCAUCAAAUCCAAUUACUGGUCCCUCUCCUUUAAGUGGUCUGCCAGAAUUUUCUCAUCUUGGUUGGGGUCACUGGUUUACUUUACGAGACCUUGAGCUGGCGACAAACAGGUUCUCGAAGGAGAAUGUAAUUGGAGAGGGCGGAUAUGGAAUUGUUUACCAAGGACAGCUUAUCAACGGAACUCCUGUGGCUGUUAAGAAGCUCUUUAACAACCUAGGUCAAGCUGAAAAAGAGUUUACAGUGGAAGUAGAGGCUAUUGGCCAUGUGCGGCACAAGAAUUUGGUCCGACUUCUAGGAUACUGUAUUGAAGGAACACAUAGACUGCUGGUGUAUGAGUAUGUCAACAAUGGCAAUUUAGAACAAUGGCUUCAUGGUGCAAUGCGUCAUCAUGGAUAUCUUACUUGGGAGGCUAGAACGAAGGUUCUUCUUGGCACAGCAAAAGCACUUGCCUAUCUGCACGAGGCAAUUGAGCCGAAGGUUGUUCAUAGAGAUAUAAAGUCGAGCAAUAUACUGAUUGACGAAGAGUUCAAUGCUAAGGUCUCUGAUUUUGGUUUGGCUAAGCUGCUUGGUGCAGGGAAAAGUCACAUAACGACUCGAGUCAUGGGCACCUUUGGAUAUGUGGCUCCCGAAUAUGCAAAUACUGGCCUUUUAAAUGAAAAGAGUGAUGUUUAUAGCUUUGGGGUAUUGCUUUUAGAAGCAAUCACAGGACGGGAUCCAGUAGACUAUGGCCGUCCAGCUGCAGAGGUUAAUCUGGUUGACUGGCUGAAAAUUAUGGUUGGAAGUAGGCGCUCGGAGGAAGUGGUGGAUCCGAAUAUUGACACAAGGCCAUCAACUAGAGCCCUCAAAAGGACUCUUUUAACUGCUUUGAGAUGUGUUGACCCAGAUUCAGACAAGAGACCCAGGAUGAGCCGAGUUGUCCGGAUGCUUGAAUCGGAAGAAUAUCCCAUACCAAGAGGGGUCGGAUCGAAGGCAUAGAAGGACCAGAGCAAGUAGCAUUGAGAUUGAUUUCCAGAGGGAGAACUACGACACUGAUAAAAGCGACAAUCGGGAUCUAAGGUGAAACAGAAGAACCGAUAUCAUUUGAAUUAACGACCAUGGAUCUUAGCAGCCAAAAACACGAUUCUGACUAAAAGUUUCAGUCUGCUGAUAUGUUGGUAUUUCAUGAAGAAGGUGCUGAAGCACAGGAGUAUGGUAGGCAUAGUUUAGGUAGACAUGGACUUUUUUUCAUAUUAAAUUUCCCCUUCUUAUUUUAGGUGUUUUCUUCUUGUAUUUUUCAUUCUUGCUGUUGUAGUAAUAUAAUAUAGGUAGCUCUUGUUUUGCGAUGGAAGUGAUGGUGAUUGACAAUUCGGAGAAAAUUAAGGGGCUUGUACAAAGUUGUUUGACGAACUGAUUUCUUCUUAUAUUGUGUAAUUUGAGAAAUAAAGAAAACACUUUGUUUGAGAUAA